AGUGGAGUUCCGAAAAAGAGAAUGAAAAGUCAUUUAUUGCAGACAUCAUCAUUGCAAAUCCGCCAAGUUUUGCUCAUGUACAUUGUGCAGAAAGGCUUGGAAUCCCAUUACAUCUCAUGUUCACAAUGCCAUGGACGCCAACACAAGCAUUCCCUCAUCCACUUGCAACUAUACGCUCUUCCAACUUGGAAACAGGGUUGGCUAAUCUAACGUCUUACUUUCUCGUUGAGAAAGUUAUCUGGCACGGCCUGGGAGAUGUCAUAAAUUUAUUUCGGCAGAGAUGUCUACAUUUGGAGCCACUGAGCAUAACUUGGGCUCCGGGAAUAAGCCAACGACUUCGCCUACCUAUCACAUAUGCUUGGUCUCCAGCUUUGCUACCAAAACCUCCUGAUUGGGACAAUAACGUCUCUGUAGCUGGAUACUUCCAGCUGCCACCACCGACCUCUCCUCCAGAUGUGUCAAAUGAGUUAUUGCAGUUUCUGGAAGCGGGCUCUCCACCGGUGUAUAUAGGGUUCGGUUCCAUUGUCGUGAGAGACAUUCGUGCCUUGACGAAAAUCAUACUUGAUGCAAUUGCAGAGGCAGAUGUGCGGGCCGUCGUUUCGAGUGGAUGGGCCGGCCUUGGUGGCAGAAAUAUGUCAGAGGAUGUUCACCUGAUAUCUGACAUUCCACACAGUUGGCUUUUUGACCGAGUGUCUGUAGUUGUGCAUCACGGAGGAGCGGGAACCACCGCAGCCGGUCUGAUCGCAGGCAAGCCAACGGUGAUCAUACCUUUUUUUGGCGACCAGCACUUUUGGGGUAAAAUGGUCGCCGCGGCAGGUGCAGGGCCUCGACCGAUUCCUUAUAAAGCAUUGACGGCAAAGAAGCUUAGUGCAGCGAUCAGCCAGGCUUUACAUCCGUCUAUGGCGGCAAAUGCGCGAAAUUUGGGCGAACAGAUUCGACUUGAGCAUGGAUGCGAAACCGGUGCCGAAAUUUUCUGCGCAAAAUUGCCACUGGCGAGGCUACAUUGCUCAAUCCUGCCCCAGCAUGCAGCAGUCUGGAGAGUAAAAAGGACACAAAUACGGCUGAGUGCACUCUCAGCGACGACGCUCUGCAGAGAGGGACUGCUACGGAAAGAUCAUCUUGAAUUGUAUCGAUCUCAGGAAUACGAGCUUGAGGUUGGCCCGUGGGACCCAAUCUCGGGAGCUAUAACCACGUUUUUGAGUGCAUUUGGAAGAAUGGCACAAGUAUUUGUCGAGUUACCCAUUCACAUUGUGCAGACAUUUCAAUCAUCCAAUGCCGGGCAACGUAGUCCUUGCAGCUCAGUAACCGAGCAGGACGACAUAUACGAUGCAGACGAGGAGCCUUCAGCAACAUUCCCAAAGAUCAGUGACACUCUUUCUACGGAACAGAAAGCCGCCGCCCCACACGAUAACCAUCAUUUUUAUGUCCCCGAAACGCUUCGAAGGCGACUGAUCAAGAAACAACUUGAGGCUGAACUUUGCGGCACCUUUGGCCGUAGAAAGUCUAUACGGCAUAACGGCCAUUUUCCACGUGAACGAGGCCCAAACGCUUUGAUACAGACCAUCCGUUACGUCUCUCUCGACAUAUCAUCUAGCGUCGCCUCAACCUUUAAAAAUAUCACCGACACCGGGCUGAGGUUCCCCGUGAACUUGACAAUGUCACUUGCGCUAGGGUUCCACAAUGCGCCCAAGCUGUACGGUGACAAGACUGUUCGACCACCACCUUCUACACACGUCACUAGUUUCCCACAGGGGCUGAAAUACGGAUCCGAAGAGUUUUGUAACGAGAUCUCCGACGCGUUUAUGGGCAUCGUAAAGCUUCCAAUGUAUGGAGCAAGAGAAGACGGAGUUGUUGGGUUUACUAGGGGUGUCGGGACGGCAGUCGGGGGCCUCGUGCUCAAGCCAAUGGCGGCAAUCUUCGGGCUUCAAGCAUACGCGAUGAAGGGAUUGCAUAAAGAACUGCGAAGACGCGAUAUUCUGGAUUUCACGGCCCAUAUUGAUGCGGCGAGAACAGCCCAGGGGGAAGAUGAGUGCCAAAGGACCACGGACGAGGAGAAGAAAGCCAUCAUCGAGCGGUGGAGAGAUAUUGUCCGAGAUAAUGUGGUCGGUCAACAAUACCUGUCCCGUUCUCUAAACUCGCAAGGUUAA